AACAUAACGGAAUGAUCGUCGUGCUACCCGCACCUCGUUCUUUAUUUUAUUGUUAAAUUGUGUGUAGUUUUUGGACUUGAAUCUUCACUUUUUUUUUAAAUGAAACGUAAUCAAUCGUCGUGAUUUUUACGAGAACCGUAAAUAAAUUAAGAAUUUCCGCUGAAAUUGACACGACUUGCAUACAAAAAGAGAAAAAAUGAGACUUUUUGGUUUAUUUCUGAUAAUUUUUGCUCAUGCUUCGACCUGCUUCAAAUUGGGCAGCGAGUACACGUAUAACUUUGUGAACGAAGUAAAUUCCUCAAAUUUGUUCGACGAAAGCACGCCGGCGAGUUAUCGGCUUGAAGGAGCGAUAAAUGUGGCAAAUAUUUGGCGCAAUGGCGACGAAAUGAUCUUCCAAUUUCGAUUAAUCUCAACGAAACUCCUCGUAAAAUCCCAAAAAACUGCCGAAUUUGAUGAAAAAUCGUCGACAGUGCUCGAAAAAGUCUCGCCGAAGCCAUUUUUUGUCGUUUUUCGCGACAGUCAAAUCGUAGCAGUGCAUCUCGAGGAAGGCGAAGACGAUUCUGUGUCGAAUUUGAAGAAAGCUAUUGUCAGUUUCUUCCAAUAUAAGGGCGAAGAUGGCACGGAAAAGGUCACGGAUGUCUCGGGAGAGUGCGAUGUCUCGUAUAUCGUGUGGAGCCCCGAGAAAUUUAGCAAGACAAAGUUGCAUUGUCGAUUGGGAGACGACUUGCCCAACUAUCAACGCUUGGAUUAUCCGCUUGGAGUGACUGUUGAUCCCUUUAGCAACACGGAUUAUUGGACAGGAGUCGAUGGAACUGUGAAAAAAAUUGAAGGGCAUGAACGACAUGUCGUUACAGUGAAUGCUUAUCCCAAAGUUGGAACAGUUGUCAACUCGACAUUUACCUUUGACAUCAGCGAAGCAGUUGGAGAAGCGGAUUUAUUGAAAUGCGCAUCAGUUGAGGAGUGUGUAAAGUUGUUCAAAAAUGUCAAAGAAACGGAAUUGAUGUCGAAAGUGACAAAAAGUUGUCAAGAUGGAAAAUGCUGGAAUCUCAUUCAAGAAGUAAAAGCUCUCAAAGACGAUCUCCGUAACUCAGAAGUUGGCACAUCAGCAUCCGCUCGUGCUUUUGUCAAACUCGUACCAAUGGGACGUCUCGCAAAAGCUGAAAUCUGGCAUCGAAUCUUGAAUUCUCAAUCAGGAAAAGAGAUCAAAGGACAACUUUUGGAUAUUUUAGCUGCUGUACAAACGUACGAUGCCUUCAAAGAAGCUACUAACGUCGUAAAAUUCGAGUCUGAGGACGACUUUAACGACGCUGAACGAUAUUUGCAAGGACUUUCUGUGGGAACUCGACCUGAAAUGAGAGUUAUGGAAGAACUCUUGAAAUUUGCUCAGAACGGAUCUCAUUACGAACGUCUUCAAGAUACUUUGGUUCAAACGUUGGCUGCGAUGACUUAUCGUCAUGCUCGUCUCCUCGGAGAUGACUUCCAGAACUCAUUUGUGACAAAAGUUACUGAAUUCAUCAUGUCUCAACUCAAAAAUUGCGAAACUGACGAAUGUAAAGUCAUCUUUUUACGUGCUUUGGGCAACUUAAAAGCUCCAAAUACGAUUUCAAUGCUUUUUGAAUAUGCCGAGACAGGUUCUUACAAAGUUUCAACGCAAGCUGUGAAGGCAUUGAAAGCAUUUUCUGUCUCAUUUUGGAAUACGCCCGAAUUUCGAGCCCGUUUUGAGGACAUUUUCUAUCAAACGCACAAGAAAUUCGACUCGAGUGCACGAACUUUGGCGCUCGAUGUGUUGCUCGACUUGAAAUUGAACGUUCAUGAGUUGACCAAACUCGUUAAUUAUCUUCGUUCGGAUGAUAAAGCGUUCGAAAUUAAGCAAUAUGUGUUGCAAAAGUUGUCCGUGAAUGCAGCGACGUCAGAUUAUUAUCGACAUGCCAUGCUGUUGUUGGUGAAAAAUGAUCGAAAAGUGAACAAUUAUCACGUUUUGGGACAAAAAGGAUUGUCGACAGCGAUUAUGAGAGACUUUUCGAAGAGUCCAUCGUUCAAUGGCACACUUUUGAGUGUGCAAGAAAUUAAGGAUGGCGUGUUGAAACGAGGAAAUGCUGAUGUUUUUGUACAAGCGGGGCAGGAAAAGUUCAGUAUUUUCACUCUCGGUUUAUUCGGCAACGGAUUAUCCUCCUUCAUGGGCGGUUCUGACGAACAAGAUCCCGACGAAGACACCACAGUAACUGCUGGCAUGGAAUUAUAUCUUCAGGGAACGGCGAUGCGCCCUCUUGUCUUCUUUACGGGACAAGGCGAACUCAUGGGACACGUUUGGAGUGGCACAGCAUCCGAACCAACGCCUGCCUAUCAAGCCAUUUCGACGUUACAAGACCACGAAGAAGUCAUUCGCUUGCAUAACGGAGCUCAUUUGGAAGUUUCUGCCAUGGGAGCUGUUUCGAUCGACUUGAAUGGACAAAUUGCGAUUAGUUUGUGGAAUCGAAAUGCUGACACAAAAGUCGCUCAAAACACGGGCUUUGCAACAUCAGUCGAAUCAAAAGUCGUCAGUUCUUUCACACAAUUGAGCGUUUCAGAAGUCGUCGAGGAACGUCCUUGCUUGAAUCUCGACUCAACAAUUGAUUUUUCGGGCACUGUUGCGCUAUGUUUGCAACUUCAUCAGCCUCAAACAACGUUAAAAUCCGAAGUGACGAAAAAAUUGACGAUACCAAAGUCCAAAAAGCCAUACAAAAGCAUCGCAAGACAAUCGUACAAGUACGAGAUGUCGGGAUUCACGCACUUCCUGAACCACAAAAACAACGAAAUGUGCAAUAAAAUCAACAGCAACUGAAAAAAUUGUAAAAAAAAAUCUCAUUUUCUAUAAAUAAAAUUAUUUAAUUUUGUGAUAAAUUAAAUUUA